AUGAGCAGGACAAUAGAAAUUACGAAAGCCGUCUGUAUUGUUUACAUGGUCGCUGUCUUCCUUCGUAACACUGGUCGUGUGAUGAAAGCCAUCGAGCUAUGCCAGGAAUGUCUGAUUGUGCUAAACUGUCGAGUGCUGAUUAAAGACACUCAAUUAGCCAACUUACUUUUCCAUACUAUCUACAUCGUUAUGAUCAAUUCGUACGAAGCUUUGCAUGAGCACACAAUUGCCGAAAAAUACUUGAGGAAACUACUUCUUUCGCUGAACCAGACCUCUGAUGACACCGUCAAUAAAGGAUGGCUAAAUUUACGACUGGCACGUGCACUUCGGGCACAAAAUAACUUACUUGAGGCCAGAAAAUUUUAUGAAUCAGCAAUAAAAAUUAUGAAGACGAAUGACAACACACAAAUACUAUGGCUUUGUUAUGAAGAAAUGGGAACACUACUUCAUUCCAUAGGAGAAUAUGACCAGUGUAAAUCAUAUCUGGAGAAGGGGCUUGCUCUUUCCAUGGACAUCUGCGACAGGUAUGGAGAAGCAAUAAGCUGCGGAAACCUCGGAACAUUGUUCCAAUCGCUAGGUAAAUAUGACAAGGCCCGAGAAUAUCAAGAGAAAGCACUUGCCAUUAGAAGAGAAAUUGGAGACAGAAAAGGAGAAGCAAUAAGUUACGAAAACCUCGGAACAACCUUCCAGUCGCUUGGUAAAUAUGACAAGGCCCGAGAAUAUCAAGAGAAAGCACUUGCUAUCAACUUAGACAUUGGAGACAGAAAUGGAGAAGCAACAAGCUUGGGAAAUCUCGGAACAUUGUUCUACUUGCUUGGAAAAUGUGACAAGGCCCGAGAAUAUCACGAGAAAGCGCUCGCUAUCACAAUAGAAAUUGGCCACAGAAAGGGAGAGGCAAAAAGCUACGGAAACCUUGGAAUAUUGUUCCAAUUGCUUGGUAAAUAUGACAAGGCUCGAGAAUAUCAGGAGAAAGCACUUGCUAUCACAACAGAAAUUGGCGACAGAAAUGGAAGAGCAAAAAGUUUUGGAAACCUGGGAAUAUUGUUCCAAGCCCUUGCUAAAUAUGACAAGGCCCGAGAAUAUCAAGAGAAAGCACUUGCUAUCAACUUAGACAUUGGAGACAGAAAUGGAGAAGCAACAAGCUUGGGAAAUCUCGGAACAUUGUUCUACUUGCUUGGAAAAUGUGACAAGGCUCGAGAAUAUCACGAGAAAGCGCUCGCUAUCACAAUAGAAAUUGGCCACAGAAAGGGAGAGGCAAAAAGCUACGGAAACCUUGGAAUAUUGUUCCAAUUGCUUGGUAAAUAUGACAAGGCUCGAGAAUAUCAGGAGAAAGCACUUGCUAUCACAACAGAAAUUGGCGACAGAAAUGGAAGAGCAAAAAGUUUUGGAAACCUGGGAAUAUUGUUCCAAGCCCUUGCUAAAUAUGACAAGGCCCGAGAAUAUCAAGAGAAAGCACUUGCUAUCAACUUAGACAUUGGAGACAGAAAUGGAGAAGCAACAAGCUUGGGAAAUCUCGGAACAUUGUUCUACUUGCUUGGAAAAUGUGACAAGGCUCGAGAAUAUCACGAGAAAGCGCUCGCUAUUACAAUAGAAGUUGGCAACAGACAAGGAGAAGCAACAAUCUACGGAAACCUCGGAACGUUAUUCCAAGCCCUUGGUAAAUAUAACAACGCCCGAGAAUAUCAGAAGAAAGCACUUGCCAUCAGAUUAGAAAUUGGCAACAGAAAUGGAGAGGCAAAAAGCUACGGAAACCUAGGAAUAUUGUUCCAGUCGCUUGGUAAAUAUGACAAGGCUCGAGAAUAUCAGGAGAAAGCACUUGCUAUCACAAUAGAAAUUGGCGACAGAAAUGGAGAAGCAUCAAGCUACGGAAACCUGGGUAUACUGUUUCAAUCACUGGGUCAAUACGACAAGGCUCAAGUAUAUCAGGAGAAAGCUCUCGCCAUUAGAAUAGAAAUUGGAGACAGGCACGGAGAAGCAACAAGUUACGGAAAUCUCGGAACAUUGUUUGAAGCCCUUGGUAAAUAUGGCAAGGCCCGAGAAUAUCAGGAGAAAGCCCUUGCUAUCACAAUAGAAAUUGGUGACAGAAAUGGAGAAGCAACAAGCUACGGAAACCUAGGAACAUUGUCUCAAUCACUGGGUCAGUGCGACAAGGCCCGAAUAUAUCAAGAGAAAGCACUCGCCAUUGGAAUAGAAGUGGGCGACAGGGAUAGAGAAGCAAUAGUCUGCGGAAACCUCGGUACAUUGUUCAGAGCCCUUGGUAAAUAUGACAAGGCCCGAGAAUAUCAGGAAAAAGCACUUGCUAUCCGAUUAGAUAUUGGCCAUAGAAAUGGAGUGGCAACAAGCUACGGAAACCUGGGAACAUUGUUCCAAGACCUUGGUAAAUAUGACCAGGCCCGAGAAUAUCAAGAGAAAGCACUUGCCACCAGAAUAGAAAUUGGCGACAGAAAUGGAGAAGCAGCAAGCUACGGAAACCUUGGAAAACUGUUCGAGUUAGUCGGCAGAUAUGAAAAGGCCCGAGAAUAUUAUGAGAGAGCACUUGCUAUCACUACAGAAAUUGGCGAGUGGAAAGGACAAGCUAAAAACCACAACAACUUCGGGACAUUGUUCUCGACGCUCGGUGAAUAUGACAAGGCUCAAGAACAUUACGAGAAAGCACUAAGAAUGUGGAAGAGAGUGGGCAAUAGAAAAGAAGAGGCAACCAUUUAUGGAAACUUAGGAAAUCUCUUCAUUGUGCUCGGUAAAUACCGAAAAGCUGACGAGUAUUUGGAGAAAGCACUGGCCAUUAGAUUGGAAAUUUGUGACCGAAGAGGAGUAGCAGCAAAUUACGAACACCUUGGGCUAAUUUCCCUUCAGUGUGGUUGUCAUGAUAAGGCUCAAGAAUAUCACAAUAAUGCCCUUGCAAUUCAAAUGGAAAUUAGCGAUAAAGAAGGAACAUUGGCCAGUCUUAUGAAUUUAGGAUUGUGUUUUCAGUCGCUUGGUAAAUAUGAAAUAACCAAAGAAUACUUCAAGAAGGCUCUCCUUUUAAGCAGAGAUAUUGGAAACAACUUGAAAGAGUUUCAAUGUCUUUGUUGUCUAACGAUGUUGUCAUGUGAAGAACAUGAAGAACGUGAAGAAGCCAUCUCGUAUCUUUUUCAAAGUAUUGCAAAAUACGACACUCUGCGAGCUUUUCUGGACGACAACGAUCAAUUCAAAACAUCCUUUUUAGAGGAGCACGGCACCUUUCCUUACAAGUUGCUCAGUGUGAUGCUUUGUUCCGCCGGUAAACCAAAAGAUUCUCUUUAUGUCGAAGAGCUGAGACGGGCGAGAGGCCUGGCUGACUUGAUGGCAGCUCGGUACUCUAUUGAAGAGCAGAUCUCAGGGAAUCCACAAUCAUGGUGUGGCAUUCAGGAAAUUAUCACAAGGGAGGUACACUGUGCAUGCCUGUACGUUUCGGUAGAGAAAGAAGAUGCACGUUUUUGGAUUCUCAAAGCAACGGGAGCUAUUCAUUUUACCGAAAAAGAGGUGGGCCUUGAAGCAAACUCGGUGACCGGAUUAGUCCCUGACUUAGAUGAGUUCCUGAAAGACAGCUUUCGCAGCCUUGGCAUUUUACCUCAAGAGAAUUGCGAGGAUCGAUCUCUAGAUGACACCGAAUCGAUGUCACUUCGCCAUGAAAGCCGCCCAGCUCCACGCGAUUAUAAUGCCAAAGAUAUCAAAGCAAAUCUCCAAUUAUGUUACGAGAUAAUCAUUGCUCCUGUGGCUAAUCUUCUUAAGGAGCCCGAGAUUAUAAUUGUUCCCGACUCUUGUAUGUACCAAGUACCAUUUGCAGCCCUAAGUGACGAAGGUAACAAGUAUUUAUCAGAGACAUUCCGCCUCCGAAUCGUUCCCUCUUUGACGACCCUCAAGUGCAUUCAGGACAGUCCUCCAGACUAUCAUAGUCAAACAGGUGCGCUGAUAGUGGGUGACCCUGAGGUUGGAGAAGUGAUUCAUAACGGAAGACGCAAGACAAUGACAGCGUUGCCAUGCGCAAGAAAGGAAGCAGAGAUGAUUGGAAGACUUCUUGGCGUAACACCUUUGAUUGGAGACCGUGCGAAAAAGCAAGCUGUACUUCAAAAGAUAAAUUCAGUAAGUCUAAUUCAUCUUGCUGCCCAUGGUUGUGCCGAAAGAGGGGAGAUUGCUCUUUCUCCUAUGCGCCCGUCGCUCUCUAUUCCACGAGAAAAAGACUACCUUUUAACAAUGGUGGACAUUUCAAAAAUCCAGCUGCGAGCUAAACUGGUGGUACUUAGUUGUUGUCACAGUGGUAAGGGAGAGAUUAAAGCCGAAGGAAUGAUCGGAAUCGCUCGAGCCUUCUUAGGAUCCGGCGCGCGCUCUGUGUUAGCGGCACGCUGGGCCCUGAACGACGAAGCCACAGAGCAGUUCAUGACUUGCUUCUACAAACACCUGUUCCGUGGUGAAAGUGCCAGCGAAUCUCUUCACGAGGCCAGAAGGUGGAUGAGAAAUAACGGUUUUGACAAAGUUUCUGAUUGGGCUCCGUUCAUGCUAAUUGGUGACAACGUGACAUUUGAUUUUAGAAGUUGGUCAGUGCCCAUCGCACCGUGA